GGCCGAUGGCAUGGCGUCGACGAGCGACUGGCACGGAGCCUUCAUGCCAACGAGCAGAGCAGGCUCUGGCGGCGCCGGCCGUGGCAGACUCGAGAGUGCUUUCUUGGUGCUGCCCAACGAGGCAAUAUCGUGUGCGGCGCCAAGGCGUAGGACCCAGCUGCCAGUCCAUCGUCGCCACGACCCGCCGGACGGCGAUCGAGCGGCCCUUCGCUUAGUAGCGCGCCAUGGCCGACGCGCCGAGCCGAUGACGCCGCCGUUGUACGAGCCUGGAUCGCGCGCAGGCUGGCGGAGACGACGCUAAUGUCGAUCGAGGCCGUCGUGCAGUACUAGCACGGGAGCAUGCGCGACCCUGCGUCGCCACGUACGCAUUUCGACAUUAACGAUGAGCCACUGCAACAACCUUGGUCACACCUUGGCCUUGCAGCGCUGGACCCAAAACCAUCUGUUUUCCGUGCUGACGACAACCCGCCCAGUCGACGUGGUGACCGCCGAGCUUCUACUUGCCGCUGCUGCAAACGACGUGCCUCGCAUCGGUGCGGCGCUCGCCGAUGGCGCCGACGUCAACGCGCGCAACGAGGCGGAUGCGACGCCGCUGGACGUGGCGUGCGGCGAAGACCGUCUCGAUGUGGUCACGUGCUUGCUCGCGCACCAUCGUAUCGACGUGACCAAGGCGUCGCCCACGCUUUGGUGGACCGUUUGUAAACGCGGCGCCGGUGCGAUGGUCGCGCAGCUCCUCGCCCAUCCCACGACAAAUUCAAUGGCGCUCCUACCGAGCGGGUGGAACGUGCUUAUCGCGCGUUGCCGCACGCCAUGCAUGGCCGAGAUGCUGUCGCUUUUUGUGGGCCAUCCGCGCGUCGACUGGAACGGUGAGACACUGCUCCAGCGCGCCGUGCAAAAGCAAAAGUGGCAUAACGUUGCGGUGCUGCUGGAGGACCCGCGCGUGCAUGUCAAUGUGGAGGGCACGACGCUCUUGCAUGCGGCGUGCGACGCUAAUGUCGUCUUCGCGCAGCUGCGUCGGCCCGACAUCCAUCGGCAUGUGCAAGUCGCGCGCCGAGGCACAGCGUUCGCCUCGGUUGUCGUCCAUGGCAAUCGCGCCAUCUUGGAGCUCUUUCUUGCUUUACCCGACGACGACAUCAACCUUCCGAACGAUGACGGCAUACCACCGCUGCACCUCGCUAUCGGCAACCACAACGACGAGCACAUCGCCCACCGUCUUCUUUGUGAGCCACACUUGCGUCGUGACGCAACCAACGCGCUCGGCAACACGGCGCUGCAUAUGGCCAGUCAGCGCGGCUGGACGUCGUUGGUCGAAGCACUCCUUGACGCCAACGUGAACGUCCAGCAUACGGCUGGCGACACGCCGGCGAGCGUUGCGCUCUUGCACGGCCAGUACGAUCUCGCGCUGCGCUUCUACCGCGACGUUGGACGUGCGUCGCUAGAGCAACGGGUUGACACCGCUGCUGUGUGCGUGUCGGCACGGCCACCUGGCGUUGGUGCGCGUGCUGCUGGCGGUCUCUGGCUUGAGCGCGACGUCACGGACCAACAUGGCAACUCGGCCCACAUGCUCGCUUGCUACACAGAUUUGCGCGUGUUUUUCGCCUUGUGGACCAUGCGGGACGACGAGAUGACGGCGACAAAUGAGGCCGGUCGCACGAUCUUGCACGUGGCCUGCCAAUAUGGCCGCGAGGCCUUCGUGGCUGCGCUUUUACCGCGUACCAUGAAUGACGUGAAUGCGCCCGAUACGGAUGGCAACAAGCCUCUUCUCCUGGCCUGCAUCUCCAACCACGGAGCUGUUGUGACCCAACUCUUCGCCGUGUCCGAGAUCGACGUCGACCGUGCCGACAAGCUGGGCCGGACUCUCCUGCAUGUCGCGUGUGAGAGUGGCCACGCGUCGGUGGUCGCCGCGCUACUGUCGGUCCACGCCAAUGUGCAUGCAAUCGACAACGAUGGCAAUACGCCGCUGCUCGUCGCAAGUGUGGCCAACCAUGCGUCGGUGGUCACGCAGCUCCUGUCGGUUCUACCUGUCGACAUGACGAGAACCAACAAGGACGGACGAAUGGCGCUGCAUGCGGCCGCGCGGGCCGGGCAUGUGCGCGUGCUUCGGUUGCUACUCGAGGCGAGACCCGCGGCCAUCGAUCUGCGCAGUGGCGAUGGCGCGACCGUCCUCAUGGAGGCUGUCGACCCCCGCAAGCCUGGCGCCGUGACGUUUCUGCUGCGCCAUCCGUUUAUUAACGCCAACGCCGUCGACAAGGUGCAUUUCACUCGACUCGAACGCGUCUCGGCUCACUAUGACGUGCUCGACGCGCUCCUCAGCAGUCCCAAGGUCGACAUCAACCGUCGCAACCAUGCGUGCCAUGCGAAUGACCCGAUGCUGGCGGCGCAGCUCAUGCAGCUGCCCCAACUCGACGUCUCGACCAUCGAUGCGUCGUGUGGUCAUAUCGCACUGGCGGUGGCGUGUGCGCUGCAAUAUGUGUAUGUGGUGCGAAAGCUGCUGUCGUCGCCCGAGAUGGACGUCCACUAUCGGGAUGCGCACGGCAACUUGGCGUUGAUUUUAGCGACGCGCCAAGGCCAUCCUGGUAUCGUGCGAGCGUUGCUGGCGCACGGUAGCUGUAAUGUCAACGCCGUCAACGACGCAGGAACGUCGGCGCUGCAUGCAGCGUGUCAAGCUAGGAACGCGGUGGACCUCGUGGCGCUGCUAUUGCGCUCGCCAUCGAUCGACGUCAACUGCGUGGACAAAAAAGGACAGACCCCGCUCAUGAUUGCUUGCGUGUCCGCUGCGGAUGCUGUGAUCGACCUCCUGCUCGAUCACCCGCGUAUAAAUGUCAGCACGUCUGGCCACGAGCACUAUGGACCACUGCAGAUUGCAGUGCGUCAGCGUGCAGUCGAGGUGGUCACGCGACUGAUCCAGCACCCGACUGCCAUCGUCGAGGCUGUGGACGAGUGGGUCUUUUCGGCGUGGGUACGGGCCGUCAACAGCCAGCAUCUACCGCUUUUAAGCGCGCUGGCGGCCCGUGUGGACGUCAAUAAGGCGCUGAAGACAGGCAAGACUGCGCUCAUGGUCGCGUGCCUCUACAGCAACGAAGCCAUGGUCGACCUUUUGAUAUCGCAGCCAACGAUCGACGUCAACGCGGUCGACACGGACGGCAACACGGUACUCCUGCACGUGGCCUUUCUGCACCCGAGUGCCGAGCGUAUCUGGCGCCGUCUCUGCGACGCUGACCGUCAUGACGUGACGAUGACCAACACGCGAGCCGAAACUGCGAUCGAGAGUGCAGGACGUUGUGGCAAUGCAAGCACAGCAGCGUACCUCUCGCAGCAGCUGCUGCGUCGUCGCCAUCCGAGAGUGCUGCCUGAGAUUAUUGUUGAUGCGAUUGCCGCCUUCUUUGUCGGCCCCGGACUUUUGUAAGCCGAACACGCAACGUCAUACCCGUGACCGCCA